UUGAAUAGUUUUGAACGGAAAAAAAAACAUUUCCUUAAUUUUUUCAAAUGUCCACAAAAAACUAGUUGCUUAAGAAUUUGAAGGAAUAUGACUUCUUUUACGUUUAUUUGAAUGCAUCUAACGAGGUAAUGAUGAUAUGAAAAGAGACAUGUUCUCUUAUAAUGAUAAGUAUUAAAGAGUUUAAUUUAAUGCUUACGAACAAUUGCAUUGCGUUACAUUAAGUCGCAGAAAACAACUAAUACGAAACCAGAUGUUUUGCUUAACAUUUAAACAUACAUCUCUGUGUUAAUUCUUUGAGAUAAUUAUUUUAGUAUCUAAAAGCGGCACGGAUUUGUAGAAUUUUUUUGCAAAUAUCUGAAAAAAAAAGAAAACACCAAGACAAUGUCUACAAAAACUGAAGAAGAGGAGUGUGUUCCAAAUAUUCUUAUCACUGGUACUCCGGCUACUGGAAAAAGUUAUUUAUGCGAACGUUUAGCUGAACAGCUAAAAUUACGUUGGUUAAAUUGCUCCGAACUGGCUAAAAAGCACAACCUGAUUGAGGAAUAUGACGAAGAAUACGACUGCCCCAUUCUAGAUGAAGAUAAAUUAAUGGACUAUUUAGAACCCUUAAUGCAGCAAGGCGGUAAUAUUGUGGAAUAUCAUGGUUGUGAUUUCUUUCCGGAAAGAUGGUUUGAGGCAGUUUUUGUGACGACUUGCUCUAAUACCGCACUUUUUUUUGACCGUCUCAAAGAGCGGAACUAUAACGAUAAGAAGUUGAAAUCAAACAUUGAAUGUGAGAUAUUUGGGAUUGUUUUGGAAGAGGCAAAAAAUUCCUAUAAAUCCGAUAUUGUUUAUCAAUUGACAAAUGAAACAAAACAAGAAGCGGAAGAAAAUUUAAAGGCCAUCAAAAAUUGUGGUCCGUCGGGAGCAUACAUAAAUGUGACCGAAUAAUCCAAGGCGGGAUAGUUAUAUUCCAAUUUAUAAUUUCGUAA